AUGAGUGAGGUGAAGGAAGAUGGGUGCUUUAGUGCUCACGUCGGGGGUGUACAGAAUAGUAAUCUAUCUAUGCAAGACAGCUCAAACCAGAAUAGGAAUGAUAGCUCACAACCCGAAAGUCAUCCUCCGGAAAGUGCUCAGCAGCAGUUCCGGAACUUCUGCUACAAUCAAGUACCUGGACCACUAGAGGCUGCCAGCAAGCUUCACGAGUUAUGCUUUCAGUGGCUGAUGCCAGAGACCAACUCAAAAGAGCAGAUCCUGGAAGCUCUGGUGUUAGAGCAGUUCCUGAGCAUUCUGCCCCAGGCAAUGAAGAACUGGGUGCAAAAGCAUCUUCCACAGGAUAUCAACCAGGCCGUGGCUCUGGUCGAAAGCUUGCAGACAGAGCCUGAUGCAGUGCCCAACGAGGGCUUGUUGACAUUUGAAGAUAUAGAGAUGCAUUUUUCUAAGGAGGAAUGGUGCUCACUGGAUCCUUCUCAGAAGACACUCUACAGUGAUGUAAUGCUGACCAUCUACAAGAUGGCCACCUCUCUAGGGUUAAAGCCUGGAGAUGACAUGGGAAAUGAUCAGCCUGUAUCUGCCUCUACAUCAGAAAUAGAAGCAAGACCAUCAAAGGUAUCAAAGGCCAGAAAGAAAGCUGCCCAGAAAAAAACCAACAGGAAAAGCCAUGCAGAGACACGCAGGGUGCAGGAACAUGAUCAGGCUCUUCCAGGGAGGAAAAGAACGUCAGCUUCAGUUUGUAAACAACGGCAACAAAAACUUUAUAAAUGUCAGGAGUGUGGGAGAGGCUUCAGAGUUCCUUCUUUGCUUGCUAGGCACCAUAGAGUUCACACCAGAGAGAAGCCUUUUUCAUGUCAGCAGUGUGACCAUAGCUUCAGGUGGAAGUCAGAUCUCAAAAUCCAUAUCCUGUCACACCAAGGAAUAAAGCUAUAUAAGUGCUCCUGGUGCCAGAAAAGCUUUACUCAUAACACAAACUUACAUACACACCGAAGAAUUCAUACAGGAGAGAAACCCUUUAAGUGUCUGGAAUGUGGGAAAGCAUUCACUCAGAAAUCUCAUCUCCUCAACCACCAGGUAGUCCACACUGCUGAGCAGCCCUAUGCAUGUAGCCUGUGUGAGAGAAAGUUUAACAGGAAGUCAAGCCUUCUCAGACACCAGAACAUACAUGGUCAGGUAAACAGCUAG